AUGUAUGCGAAGGGCGGGGCAAGCCUUGCGUUGGACGGCAGUGCGAGGCUUCCCUUGGCGCCGGGCCCCGCGCCGUGCUCACCGAAGGCGAAGGGCAAAAUGGAAAUGAGGAUGCAUCGACGACGAUGCUCAAUUGCGGGGGAGGAAAGUAGACUUCUCGCCGUCGCUCUUAGUCGCAGUGUCUUCAGCACUGCUGCCGCCUUCAGUACCGCCGCGGGGCCGCGCCACACGCUACUCCGGCGGCACAAGCAGGACCUCCGGCCGUCACUUUCCCUCAGCCUCUCACACCCCCGCCCCCGCCACCGUCCCAACCCCCGCUGCGAGCGCCGGCCUCCGCCGCCGCCGCCGUCCCUCCCUCCACAAGAACUCGCGCGCUUGUGCUCCACUGCACUUCAAGACAUUCUGACGGCGUGGCAUGGCUCACGUGUGCGUGCUGCAACCCUCGCCGCCCUCGCCCCCCGAGCCGCCCGCGGCGUCGACGCGCUGAAAAAAAGCGCGUUUCCAGAGGCGGCGCUCCGAGCCCCGCCACGCUCGCCACACGCCGCCGCCAGCGCCGCCCGGCAUCGUUCGCUGGCCAUCGGGCCUCGCUGCCGCAGGCGCAGGCCCCGUCGUCUUCUCCUUCUCCUCCGGCGGUGCGCACUGCGGGCCGUGGCCGGCCCGCCCCACCCGCCUGUGCGCCACCGCCCUAUUCGGCCCGCGAGCGAUCCAGGUAGAGACCGCACUCGUAAACAUAUUACUCUUGGUAAUCCACUUACUAAGCAAAAGUGGAAACACCUCCACAGCGGAAUCUCGAAUCCAGCUCCUCCCGGGCUCCAAAUGGAGGCGGAAGAGCAGGCCAAAAUGGUGGUAUUUAACUAUUGUUUUAUACUGUGUGAUGUUUUGUCUGUAAAUCCUAUUAAAAUGGAGAGAAAAGGUAGUAUAGCUGAGAAAGAGAAAAACGGAACAAAUUUAGAAGCAGAGUUUUUGAACGUUUUAAAUGAGAGCAUCAAAUUAAUUGCUUUUUCUCCAUUGCAAAAUAUUGCUGCGCACUUGGAGCGACUAGUGUCCCCUCGGAUGCGGUGGCGAAAGUGGUUUCGGGGCGUGCAGGUGGGCGUACGCCGGUUCGCAAUGAUUCUCCAAUCGGAAGACUGCCUGGCUGCGCGUUCGAGCCCCCCUCCGCCCUCCGCCCGACGCCUGAGAUCUCUAACGAACGGGCUCAAGCCCUCUCCCCGGCGAGAUACCAACCUUAUCUGCACCGGCCACGCGCUCGGAACAAUCUACCGUCUCCCCGUUCCCACUUUAGGUUGUCGGGGACGGUCGCCCAAAAGCUAG